AUGCAGACGGAUGUGCAGAAACGGCGAUCGCGCUCCGGUUGCACCGAGUGUCGCCAGCGGCAUCGCAAGUGUGACGAGAGGAAGCCUGCAUGCACAGGGUGUGAGCGCGCAGGCAAGCAGUGCACCUAUACCUUGCGGCUCUCAUGGGGCGGCCGGCCGUUCUCCAAGUCGCGUUUUGGCGAAUGCAUGAAGAGUGAUCCCAGUCUCGUCCAGCUGCCGGUAGUGUCUUCUUCAGUUGAUAUAGAUGUAAAGGACGCGUCGUUGGUGUCUCCGCCCCUUUCGUCGGCUUCGGACGACUCGUUGGACGUCGGCGGCCGUCUCGUCAAAUACAGCCCGUCGUCUGAUAUCAGGCCCAACCCGUUCGAGUUCAGCUGGCUGCCGAAACAGCAGCGUAACUUGCUCGACCAUUUCAUGUCAUGUACAACCCUAUCGAUGUCGUGUCAUUCGCCAAUCCAGGAUAUGUUCUGUAGGGUCCUCGUACCCAUGGCCAUGCAGACCCCUCAUCUACUCGGGGCCCUUCUUAGCCUUGCAGCUACUCACAGAUUGACCCUGGGCAUGGAUCAAAGCAUGUCGGAACUCAAUUUCUUAAAGCUCACUAGCUUGCGUCAGCUGCAGGAGGCUUUGGCUAAACCUGGGGGGAACAUGGACGAAGCUAUAGUUGCAACUACACUCACACUCUGUCACGCCGAUUUCGUCUCAGAUGGACGAAGUCCUGGGUCUUGGCGCUCGCAUCUGCAAGGGACUACCGCGAUUAUCGCCGCGUAUCUGCAGAAUUCCAAGGCUGGCCCUGAUUCGCUUACUUCUACCAUGUCCCUUCUCUGGCGGUGGUAUCUGUCCAUCGAGACCGUUGCUCUUCUAACCGGGAACCUUGUCAUGCCAAACGAUUCUCGAGCACUCCUUCAAAUGCGAAAACUCAUAAGUGACGACGGAAUUGACGAUCUAGCCGGGUUUUCUUCCUCGCUAGGACCAAUCUUUAAAGAUAUCAACCGCCUCGCCAUAGAGGCCGAUCUAGUUCUCAAACAAGAAGACGAAAAUACCCCCAUGGACACAAACCCCAGGGAACGACUUCCACCUUCAAUCCUAGAUAAAAGCUAUAAACUAAUUAAUACCAUUAAUUCAAAAUUGGGUUCCCAGGAACCCAGGUUCAGGCCUACCAUCGAUGCAUCUAUAUCAUCAAUGCACAGGGUAGACUUUACCAUUGUGGACGAGGCGUUUCACCACGUCGCACUAGUUCAGCUAUACCGUCGUGUCCUCAAUCUACCUUCUACAGACCCCAUGGUUCAGGAUUCGGUAAAGCACAUCGUCGACCGUGUAUCCAAAGUACGGUUCCUGGGUGAACCGUGUCCAGGCAUUGCAGUUCUCCAGCCUCUGUUCACAGCGGGCUGUGAAGCAUCAACGGUGCAAGAUAGAGAUAGCAUCAAUGCUCUACUACUAAGCUUUGAAAACCGGUAUGGGAUGGGCAAUGCCAGAAAUUGCCGGUCGUUUUUGCAGGACUUGUGGGCCAUGAGAGAUAAUAACGGGGAUGUAGGAGGGAUGAUUAGAUGGGAUAAGGUUAUGGUCGAGAAAGGCCUUGACAUCCUUCCAUAUUGA